AUGUCUGGUCACUCUAAGACUCGCGCAGCAGCAGGUGUCCUGCCUGUGAACGCUGCGACCAGGAAAAAUGCAACUGCUCAGUCCGCGUCGAAAUCAUCUCCUAGAACGCCAGCACCAAGACUUAGACUGAUCGUUCGCCGCUUGCCCCCUGGACUGACCGAGACUGAAUUCUGGGCCACUCUGGGCGAUGACUGGAAAGUCGGCAACGGCAAAGUAGAGUGGGCUGCGUACAAAGACGGGAAGGUCUCAAAAGAUCCAGCAAAACCCUCUCGACCAGCCAGAGCUUAUCUCAAAGUCAAGGAACAAACACUGCUGGACGUCUUAUCUAAAGUGGUCAGAGAAUCAUCAUUCCAGGAUGCCAAAAACACCACCAGAGACCCUUGUCUGCUAGGACCACCAUCUCUCGAAUUUGCACCCUACAAUAAGAUGCCCGUUCCUCGCGUCCGACAUGAUGGCAGACAAGGCACCAUUGAUCAGGACCAAGAAUUUAUCGAUUUCCUGCAAAGUCUGACUGAACCCAUCAACAAACCAGCGUCAAAUGGAGCCGAAGCUACUGACAUCAAGGCGGACACGAUCACUGUCACUCCGCUGGUCCAAUAUAUCAAAGAGAAGAAGGCCAACAAGGCCAAGGAAGCUGCCCAGGCCAAAGCAGCGAAGCGCGAAAGUAAGGAGGCGAAGCCCACUAAGAGUGAGCGCACCCCGACUGUUAUCAUCAAGGGCAAGAAUACCCCCAACUCUACAGAGAAGGAAAAGGACCGUGUCGCCAAAGCAACCCAGGAUGGAGUGAAGUCGACCAAUAAAUCGGCACCUGCUUCACAAGGAAAGCAGACGGCAUCCGCAAAAUCCGAGAGUAAACAGACAUUAGUAAAGGAUCCUCGACCACAGUCUCCAGCAACUCCAGGCGUAAGCGCGGCAUCAGCACCUGCUACAACACCUGCGAAACGAGAGCGAAAUCGAGAGCGGGACAGCGGAAGGGCUGCUGCUCGAAUGCUGCAACGGGAUCUGGGACUGCUAGCAAAAGAAAACACCUCGCAACGCACCCCAAAGUCUCCAUCAUCAAAUACAGCUACCGCAAACGACAAAACGACUUCAUCCUCAGCAGCAAAACCGUCGACUUCUACCACUUCCAAGUCUUCAGGACCUUUGACAGAGCAGUCCAAAACGCCAGUGACACCUACAACCGCUUCGCCUGCGGCUCCGCCAACCGGCCCACGCGCUUCACGCACUCCAAACACUACGUCGACAAAAUCAGAACCAUCUAGCGCAGCGUCAGCGUCGUCGGGCCGACCACCAGCCAAUCAACGUCAAUCCAAAACCUCGUCUUCUCAGCAGCCCACCACAGGCGCGAAAUCCGCGUUCCUCAAGCACGCGAACCCGUCUCAGGGCAUCACGGAGGACCUCCUGCAACAGGUCUUCAAGGAAUUCGGGGCAAUCACACGCUGUGAGAUCGACAAGAAAAAGGGAUUAGGUUAUGUCGACUUCCAAGACCCUGAGGCGUUGAAAAAGGCGAUGGCAGCCAGCCCAGUCAAAGUCGCGCAGGGUCAAGUCGUUGUGUUGGAGAACAAGUCGCAUCAUAGCCAACAAAGCAAACGCGGCGGAGGGGGUGGAGGUGGAGGUGGUGGCGGUCAAAAUCAAGGAACCUCUGGACAGGGGAAAACAAGGACUGCAUCCCCCGCUGCGGCCCCAGCGACUGUGAAUUCGCCCAAACCAAGCGCUGCACAGGCGCUUGCUGCUGAGACAUCCCCCAGCACAGCUACGACUGAGCCUGCCCCCACAACGACAACCUCAGCGACGCCACCAACUGAGCCACGACGCAACCCUAGAGGAGGCGGAAGCGGCGCCCGAGCAGGCUGA